UGUCCGUCCGUCCGUCCCCCCCCCACCUCAGCCCCAUGUCCUGGGGGCAGGGCUCACGGGAUGCGGGCUGCGUGUCAGUGCGUCCGUCCCCGUCCAGGCCCUUUGUGCAGGGAUUGUUCUGGCUCUUUCGGGGAGGCUGCGGGGCUGUGCUGAGCCAGGCCCUGGGCAGGGACCCGCUGACUCACGCCAUGUGUGGGGCUGCUGAGCUGGCAGGGACGUGGGGCCCGGCCCCCCCUCACCCCCCCCCCUCGGGCUGCAGCAGGGCUGGGGGCAGCCCCGGUUCCACGGCCCCUCCCAUCCUUUCCUGCUGCCCCCAGAAUCGGGCCUGUGAGGGGUUCCCCGGUGCCCUCCUGGCUCUGUGUUGUGAGCAGAGCUGGCCCCAUCUACUGCUCCCCCCACAAACACCGUCCCCUGAACCACCCCACCCCCCCCCUUCUUUCAUCUCUUUACCCACUCCUUUCAUCUUUGCCUUUCAUCUCCCGCCUGGGCACCUGGUGCUGGUUGACGUGGCAACACCCCAAAGUGCCCCUGCACGUUGCCAUGGCACCCAGAGCAUCCUGGGGUGCCCGAGCCCAAUUUCAGCCCCCCCGCAGCUCCUGCCGUGGCUGUGCCCUGUUGGCAGCCCCCUCCUGUGUUCUGGGGAUGCUCUGUGCCAGGUGUGGGGUCCUCCCUCCCCACAUCCAGGGGGGUUGGCAGGACCAGGGGGUGGGAGGUGCCCCUGCCUCGGGCAUCCUCUGCGCUCACCUUGGUCCCUCAGCUGCACCAUGGCCAUAGGGGAGGAGCUGCGCAGCGGGCGCUUCUGGCGGGAGGUGCUGGCAGAGGCUGUGGCAACGUUCAUCUUCACUGGGGUGGUCCUGGGCGCCUCAGCAGCCCCCAGCCCCCUGGUGCCAGCGCUGGCGGGGGGGUUGGCGGCUGGGACACUGACCUGUGCCCUCAGGGCACCCCAGGCCAACCCGGCACUCACCCUAGCACUGCUCUGCACCCGCAAACUGAGUGCCCUGCGUGGGGCUGCCACGCUGCUGGCACAAUGCGCCGGGGCCGUGCUGGCUGCCACCGCCGCACGCCUGGCACUGCCGGAUGCCACCGGAAUGGUCACCAGGGUGAGUGUCCCUGUGCCUGUGCCCAUCCCGGUGCCGCUGGGUGCUGAGGCUCUGCCGUGCCCACAGGUGAGUGCAGGGGGAACAGCGGGGCAAGCGCUGGCCUGGGAGAUCUUUGCCACCUUCCAGCUGGCGCUCACCACCUUUGCCACCACCAACCACGUGGCCCUGGGCAGUGCCAUCAUCGCUGGCGCCCUGGCUGCGGGGCCGUUCUCGGGGGGCAGCAUGAACCCGGCCCGCUCACUGGGGCCUGCCAUCGUCACCGGCAUCUGGGACGACCACUGGGUGAGUCACAGCAUCUUUGGGCUCCCCCAGAGACCCCACUGCGGGGAUGGGUGCCCACGGCUGCAGCGUGUGACCCUCCCAUCCCAUCCUCCCCCAGGACAGCAAUCCCUAACCCCCCCCUUCAUGCACUCCCCCCGAGUCACCCUCAGCUGCAUCCCCAAAUGGGGUCCUCCUGGUCCCCCCAUUGCAGGACGGGCCCCCCCAUCCCCAUCCUUGGGCCCUCCUGCUCUAUCCCAAGCGUGGUUCCCUCCUCAUUCUUGGAACAGCUCCCUCCAGUUGGUCCCCAUCCCUAGUGUGGGCCCUGCAUCCCCUGGCAGCCCCCAACCCUCGUGUCAUCCUGGGUAUCCCCGCUUCUACUGCGCCCCACUGAUCCCCCCCCCCACCUCAGGUGUACUGGGUGGGACCGGUGCUGGGUGCGGUGCUGGCCGGGCUCUGCUAUGAGUUCAUCUUCGCCCCCGGUGCCUCCUGGGAGAAGCUGGGUGCUUGCCUCACCUGCCGGGACGUGGCGCUGGUGGAGACCACUACCC